UAAGAAAGUAGUGAUUUACAAAGUUUGACACGAAAAAGCUUGAGAGACUGACGACAUGAGUGAUCCUGAACCAUCUAGAAUAAAACAUGAAGAUACUGAGAAACAAACAGACCAGAAAGAAGUGAAAGAGCAAAGACAAGAGCUGACUGAAGGGGAGGAGGAACACAGUGACUUCAGAACUCAAAGAUUAAAAACCAAAAAGGUGCACACCUGCUCACAUUCAGCUGACUGUUCAUUGAUGGAAGAUUGUAAACAGCACCAGAAAACACAUGAUGAUGUGAGAGAUCAUGUGUGUCGUGAGUGUGGGAAGAGCUUUAAAAAAGCUGCCUAUCUGAAACGGCACCAAAGAGUUCACACUGUAGAGAAACCUUACAAGUGCUCAUAUUGUGACAAGAGUUUCACUCAGUCUGAACACCUGAAAAUACAUGAGCGAGUUCAUACUGGAGAGAAGCCGUAUCACUGUACUCAGUGUGAAAAGAGUUACAGAUAUAAAAGUGGUCUCAAUUUUCAUCUGCUCAUUCACUCUGAAGAAAAGCCAUUUACCUGUGAUCAGUGUGGUACAGAUUUUAAAUUAUCAGUACAUCUAAAAAACCACAUGAAAAUUCACACAAAUGAGAGGCCUUUUCCAUGUUCAUUUUGUGGAAAGAGUUUUGCUCGGCUGGAUCAUUGUAAACGGCACCAGAAAACACACACCAGUGAGAAAGAUCAUGUGUGUCGUGAGUGUGGGAAGAGAUUUACUAGAGCUGAUAAUCUGCAACAGCACCAAAGAAUUCAUACUGGAGAGAAACCUUACAAGUGCUCAUAUUGUGACAAGAGUUUCACUCAGUUAGGAUCCCUGAAAGCACAUGAGCAAGUUCAUACUGGAGAGAAGCCGUACUACUGCCCUCCUGUGAGAAGAGUUUUAGAUGUUUAAAAAGCCUUAAAAAUCACUUGAAAAAAUGUCACACAUCGUCACAGUGAGCAACAUUUUCAUGUUAAAACAGUUGAGUAAGCUGUGUGAGAUAAACAAAUAUGAAGUUGCUCCCAAAAGCACAACAGCAUCUAGUUUGAUUGUGAAUUUUGACUCGUUUGCAGUCUGAUUGAGGAACUAUAAAUUUGGAAGUUUCACCAAGUUAAUAACUCUUACCGUGUAAAUAAUAGUUAGCAUCUUUCCUACCGUAAUUAGUUUGUAAAAUGUGUCUGGGUUGUGUGCUAAGCAAGUCUUUCUUUAAUAAGACACGUUCAUGUCAUGUACUUGUUUUCUAUAUUAUGCUCUGAUUGUACAUGAGUUGGAAAAUAUUAAUCAGUAAACUAG